UUUUGAAAUCGAAGUAGUUCAAACGUGAUGUCAAAGUCAAGCAUCAACAAAACGGUUAGCGCCACAAGUUGCGUUUAAAAAACAUGCAGUGUACUCCAGAAGAAAUUGAACGUAAAAGACGUCUGGCACAGGAAAGAUUAUCAAAAAAGACAAAGUCUCCUUUUUCUCACUGCAGUGCGGAAACUAACCUUAAUUCACCUCCAAAAAGGACACCUUUAGAAACAUGUCGUAGCAACACUGCGAAAAGCCCAUCCUCUUAUACUCCCUACACCAACAAAUACACACCAUAUGGAAAACCGAAACCUGUCCUGCAGUUUUACGGUGCAAAAAACGUCGUUACCGGAACCUGCUCGCUCAUUUCCGACACGAGAUUUACUGUUGAGCUCAGCAGUUACAGUGCACCUUGCAUUGACACAUUUAAAACUAUUUCGUCAAGAUUCUACGAUUCGAAAACAAAGUGCUGGAAUUUUCACCUGGACGACUACCCCGUAUUUCAACAAAAAGUAUCGUCUUUACAACCAGACGUAGUCAUUGGCAAACUGCCGGCCUAUGUACUUGCGUGUUGUAGACAAGAAAAAUCGGACUUCUCCAACGUAGAUCUGUCUCACAUCGACCCUGAGCUACAUAACAUCUUAAUGCCUCAUCAAAUUGAUGGAGUUUGUUUCGGCAUAGAGAAGAACGGAAGGUGUUAUAUUGCGGAUGAAAUGGGGUUGGGAAAGACUUUUCAGGCAUUGGCCAUAGCUAAUUAUUACAAGACUGACUGGCCGUUGCUGAUUGUUACCACGUCAUCAAUGAAAAACGAAUGGGAAGCAACGAUCCACAAAUACCUACCCAGUGUUUCCAUAAUGCAGACCCAAUACAUGGUUUCGGCAAAGGACUACAUCGGCGACUCGACGAUUUUAAUCCUAAGCUACGACUUAAUGUCGCGUGCCAUAGACAAACUGUUAGAGCGCCAAUUCAAAGUGAUCAUAAUGGACGAGUCUCACAUGUUAAAAAACUUCAAAACCAAAUGUACAAAGGUCGCGACAACCUUGGCGAAAAUUGCGACGCGGGUCAUUUUACUAAGCGGUACGCCGGCUCUCUCGCGACCUAGCGAACUCUACACGCAGUUGGCGCUGUUGGACGAAAAGUUCUUCGGCAACUUCUUCGAGUUCAGCAAACGAUACUGUGAUGGCAAAAGCACGAACUUCGGUUGGGAUUCGACUGGCAAAUCCAACUUGGCCGAGCUAGAAGUUAUCCUAGCGAAGAAGUUUAUGAUUCGCAGAACCAAGAAUGACAUCUUGAAAUGUUUGCCAAAUAAGCAGCAGGAGAUUGUCAAUUUGGAUGUGAAGCUGAAUCAGCUGUCGGAAGAAGAUCGGAACUCUUUAAAGUCACUGGCUCUCCUGUACAACAGCAAAAAGGCGCCUUGUGAUAAGCACGCGGCGCUUUUAACGUUCUUCGCAGAAACCUCAAAGAUCAAAAUACCGUCAGUUUGCUCGUUUGUUUUGCAAGCGUUAGAGAUCGAGAAAAAGUUUAUUGUGUUCGGGCACCACCAAAGAAUGUUGGACGCCGUCGAGCAGAUCGUAUGCUCAAAGAAAAAAAAGUACAUUCGAAUUGACGGCAAGACUACAUCAAUUCAACGGAAGUAUCUUGUUGACAAGUUUCAGUACAACGACGAUUACGUGUGCGCCAUACUUUCGAUCACAGCAGCGAACGCGGGGAUUACUCUGACUGCGGCCAAGUUAGUUAUCUUCGCGGAACUUCACUGGAAUCCCAGCAUUUUAAGUCAAGCGGAAAGUCGAGCCCAUCGAAUCGGUCAAGAUGGAGAAGUUGUUAUCCGAUACCUUUUGGCGCCUGGUACAGCCGACGACUCAAUUUGGCCUAUACUGCAAAGCAAACAAAAGAUACUGAAGGAGGCGGGCCUCUGUAAAGAUUCGUUUGAUGACUUGCAGAUAACAAACCAAGAUUUAUCCGCCAAGAAGUCCGUUCCUGAAUCCCCAAAAAUUACCUCCUAUUUUCCGCCGUCUGAUAAAAAAGAAAAUGGAUUUGAAUCAGACGACGAUUUCGAUAAAUUUGUAACGCACAGUGAGAUUUGUGACAAACCGGAAGACAAUAAUAGUGACAUAUUUAAUGAUGGUUUUGAGGAAAUUUUAGGAAAUCACGAUAUUACCAGCGGUAACAGUUCGCCCCAAGUGAGUUUUUUGGAUGAUGGCUUGGACGAUAUAUUGUGUAAUGUCGAACUAAAUAUUUAGUGUAGGAUAUUUAUAAUUAAAUCGUUUAUAUUUUUUGUUAAAAGAAUUGCAUGCAAAUUGA